AUGUUUGAUCAGGAGAUUAAUAAAAUCCCUGAGUACGAAAUGGUUCCUGGUACCAUUCAACUAGUUGAUGUUACUGGAACCUUGGAAGUGGAAAAGAACGGUGACAAAUCCAAUAUCAUUUUACAACCACCACCUUCGAAAAAUAUUAAUGAUCCAUUGCGCUGGAGCAAGCGGAAAAGAAGAAUCCAGUUUUUCUUGUUAUUUAUUUGGUCAUUCCUUCAAUCUUCAACGUCCAACUUCACCGGACCCUUGUACGAUGCAUUUGUUGAAGCCUUGGAUGUGACUUAUCAGGAUAUCAGUAAUACUGCUGCAUUGUGUUUUACUGGAUUGGGGUUAGGGGUUAUUAUUAUUCAACCAUGUGCUGCAAAAUAUGGAAAGCGAGUGGUGUACUUGACCUGUACUCUAAUUGCUAUAAUAGGAUGCAUUGUUGGUGGCACAGGGAAGAAUUUGGCCCUGUUGUAUAUCUUCAAUUUCUUAAGUGGGCUCGGCGCGUCUCCGGUAGACAGUAUUGCCGAAGUGUCUGCUAAUGAUCUUCAUUUCCAACAUGAAAGAAGUACAGCACUUUCAGUAAUCAUCAUGGCGUUAUAUUUUGGAUCCUUUUUAUCGCCAGUUGCAGCCGGUUAUAUCACUGAAAAUCCUCAUCUUGGCUGGAGAUGGUGUUUUUAUAUCCAGAUAAUAAUAUAUGCGGUGUUGUUCAUCGUCAUGUUUUUCGUAUUGGAAGAUACAACUUUUACAAGAGAUUUGAAAAGAGAAGAUGAGUUUGAAGAACAAAUCCUUCAUCAAGUACAGUCUAUGAGAUCGAAGGACAAUGUUGAUGUUAUUCUUAGUUCAAGCGCAUCAGUCAAGAGUGAAGAGAAUGAGUCUAUUGACGAGUCCAGUAUCCCCAAAAAAACGUAUUGGGAACGCAUGAAGUUAAUUCACACUGAAUAUGGUGACCAUCGAUCAUGGUUGCUUAUAUUUGUACGGCCAGCAUUUUUGGCUUACUUUCCUGCCAUUAUAUGGUCAAGUUGUGCCUACGGGGCGCAAAUGAUGUGGUUGAGUUUGAUGGGAAACACGCAAACAAUAUUUUACGCCAGUGAGCCAUAUAAUUUUACAGCAGACAAGGUUGGCUUAACCAACCUCGCGCCUUUUGUUGGGGUUGUUUUGGGUAUGUUAUAUGGUGGUAGAUUUGUUGAUUGCUUUUCUCUACAAAAGGCAAAAAGAAACUAUGGUAUACUGGAACCGGAGCAUAAACUAUGGACCAUGGUUGUACCCUUACUUUUUAAUGCUGCUGGUUUGAUUGCAUAUGGAUUGGGGCCAUAUUAUGGUGCGCAUUGGGCCAUUUCAGUUAUUAUUGGCCAAGGGUUCUUGGGCUUUGCCAUGGCUGCUUCUGGGACUUUGUGUUUGACUUAUGGUGCAUUCGAUUGUUAUCACAAAUUAGCUGGCGAAAGUGUCGUCUUGAUUUUAUUUAUUAGGAAUAUGUUUGGAAUGAUAUUCUGUUUUGCAUGUCAACCAUGGUUAGACAACAGUGGUGUCUUUUGGACAACUAUUACAAUGUGUAUUUUAUCCAUUGUAAUUAAUGGUGGUUUUGCCAUUUUGUUGGUGUGGGGUAAAACGUUCAGAAAAUGGACUGCCGGUCCAUAUGAGAGAUAUAGCAAUUCUAAUUAUGGAAAUAUUUUUUAA